GGGGGGUUCCUUUGGGUGGGCGGAGAGAGGAGGAGGAGGAGGGACCGUUGGCUCUGUGGUCUCUGUAGUCUCACCCAUUCGCUCAAUGAAACUCCGCAUAUCAGCAGCAACACAGCGCGUCCUCUCGCCGUUAACUUCAGACAUAACGGAAAGAGACCGAGAGCUGGGCACCGAGCAAACGACUCCACAGACGACUCCAGGUCCACUGUAUGAGACAUUCCUACCAUUUUACUGUUAUGGGAGAACCUAUCCAACCUGCUCCUCCACUGAUUGCAGUAAUAUGAAGACAUAGUAGUUUCAGCACCCCCCCAGUUCUGUGUGACCACCCCUGCCCCUCACUCACCCGCUCACUCCCAGCCCUCUGGAGUGGGUCAGCUCUACAAGUGCAUAUGUUGGCCUUUUGUCAUGGCGACUGUUGACGUAGCAGCAGAGGCCUCUCCCAAGAGAAAACAUGGCGGAGGGCGGAAGGCAACAUAAAAGUCACAAAGCCACCAUUGGUUUAGAUGGAAAGAUGAAGUCAAUACAGAUGCAUGGAUUCUUUGUCGGUUGAAACUACAUAAUGCGGGACUGGCAUAGCAGACUACUUCAAGUGCCUUUUCGUCGUAUGUCUAAUAGAGUUUAUUAAAACAGUUGGAGGAGGAGUGGCCAUUUUGCAGCAUCAUGUUUAGCUUCCAGUCAAAAUGGCGCUACUUCUUCAUGUUCCUGGGCAUCCAGCUGGUGGUGAUGGCGCUGCUGUCCCGCGAGGGCUACCAAAAACGGGUGAAUUACUUUAUCCGCAUCUUCCGCAAGUCAGAGCAUGGUCGCAAUAAUUCGGGGUUGGCCCUGGGAGGGGAUGUUUACGCCAACCUGACACAUCUGUCCAAAACCCACCUGCACAGAGAUGACAUGCCCUAUUGUCCACUCAAGUCUCCCCUCAUUGCCGGACCCAUCCACGUGAGCUUCCCAUCAGGCUUGAGUUUGGCGCAGGUGCAGAGGAAGAACCCCCUGGUGGUCAGAGGAGGGCGCUAUAGACCCCCAGACUGCGAGGCCCGGCACCGCACAGCCAUCAUCAUCCCCCACAGACACCGGGAGCACCACCUUAAGUUCCUGCUCUACUAUCUGCACCCCUUCCUCCAGCGCCAGCAGGUCACCUACGGCAUCUACGUCAUCCACCAAGCUGGGAACUACACAUUUAACAGGGCUAAGCUAAUGAAUGUGGGCUUCCGAGAAGCCAUGAAGGAGGAGGACUGGGACUGCCUCUUCUUCCACGACGUCGACCUUAUACCAGAAGAUGACCGCAACACCUAUACCUGCGACGCCAACCCCAAACAUGCCGCUAUUGCCAUGGACAAGUUUGGAUACAAGCUUCCUUACAAAAUGUACUUUGGAGGUGUUUCAGCCCUGUCCCCAGAGCACUACCUAAAAAUGAACGGAUUUCCAAAUAACUACUGGGGUUGGGGAGGAGAGGAUGAUGAUAUUGGAAUCAGAGUCUCCUUGGCGGGCAUGUACAUCACUCGACCAUCGCUGAAAGUUGGUCGAUAUAAGAUGAUCAAACACAAGCUGGAUGAGGGCAAUGGCGUCAACCCCAAGAGGUUCAACAUGCUAGCCAGAACUCGUCAGACGUGGAAGCUGGACGGCAUGAACACAGCGGAGUAUGAGGUCCUGUCUAAGGUGUAUCUACCACUCUACACAAACAUUACGGUCAACAUCGGCACCGAAGAGGGUUUAAAGGCCCUCCCCAAGCCGCCACCCUCCAUCGCCAAAGCCUCGCCCAAUUCUGCUCCUAAACAACCAGCAAAGCCCCCAGCUGACACGCCGAUCAAACUAAAAGAGGUGCACAUAGAGAAAAAGAGCGCCUCCUAGGCUGAACUAGAAUAAUGCUGUUGGUGCUAUACGAUGACUUUUCUCUUAAGUAGCACUGGUUAACACAGCUGGACAUUUGGACAAACAUUUGGUGAUAUUUUGAACCUGCUCUACAUGGCGGCCCCCUUUGCCUCUGUGAAUUCUUCCACGGGAGCUAAGCGAAGAGUAAUGGCAAAAAGUUGGACUCUAUGAGUUUAUGAUCUAUCCACAGCGCGGUAGUCGCUGGUUAAGCCUUGUGAUGCCUUAGUAACUUGUAUCAUUUUUUUUAAACUUCUUCUCUAGAAUUUUGGGUUUUAAGGAAGAGUUGAACUUUGCCACUUGUAAAAGUUGUGUUUCCACUUAAGAGGUACAACAUGGGUGAAGUCUGUACAAGGCGGUCAACUUCAGUGAAAUCCAAGGGUCCAAUACAACCUUCCAUUCCGGAGAGAUGGGGAUAUCUAGGCCUGUCACAAUAAUUACAAUAUAGACAAUACCGUUCAAUACAUGAUAUGAUUAUUUUUGAGGGUGAAUAUAUAAAUGUAUAAUAAAGGGUCAAAUAAAUAACUUCUGACUCAUUAAGUGUUUCACUGAUAUAUUGCAAGUCAAGUUCAUUAAGUCUUUUUGGGGGGGUAAAUCCUGUUUAAGGGUGAUUGUGUCAUAAUGGCAUUGAAUAUUAUAUAUUUUCUUCAGCGAUAUCACACUUCAAAAUGUGUCAUCGUGGCAGGCCUAGGAAUACUUAGUUUGAUCAAUCAGUUGAAUCAGACUUUCCCCACCCACUCUUCCUAUCCAUGUGGUUCAGAAUGAUGAGAAAUUGACAAUUAAAUACAAAUUGCCACAUAACAGGAAGCUCAGGUCAGCCCCAGAGACAUCAAUGCAGUUUAAACCUACAAAAUGCUAUUUAAUCCAAAGUGUACACCAAAACAUGGACUUAUGUUCUAGGCUUAGUCAGUUGAGACAUGCCAUUAGCUGUAACUGUAAAACUCUAAUAUUUAAUGCACCCACUUAUUUUAGAGCAAUGCACAAACCCUCAAAUAUAACGGGACCUUUGGGGAUGUUUUGAAAAUAUGCCUGUACAGCUCUGACCCAAGCUGUACCAUCUUUGUCGAAACGCACCUUGUUUUUUUUCAUUUGAGUGCAAGAGCUGCUAUACGUAACUGACUGAAGGAACUGAAAUGAGUGGUUUUGUAUUACUUUAGUACUUUUACUGCUUUUGACAAGACGGCCUACAUAUCCUAACCAGCUUCAUGAAUAUAGACAAAUGUAUAUUUACACACAGUAGCAUAUAACGGUUGUCUUGUUUAGAAAGGCCUUCAAGCUGGAUGUGUUUAUGCAUGUUUGGUUUAUAAUAUAUAUAUUUUUACGUAUGAGCAUAUUUUCAAUCAACAGAACCAAUUUGACAAAAAUAGAUAAUUUUCAAUUCAGAAUGUAAAAGACAAUGUACAUGAUGGUAGCAUUCAUGUGGUCUUUUUUUUUUCUCUCAAAUUAAGAUUUUUUUUUUUUUUUUUAAGUCUUUGAAAACCAGUUGCCUUCAUUUUACUGUGCAAGUGUUCACCAUAUCUUGCAGUCCCAUGCUUAUAGCACAAUAGCAUGUAGCAUAUUCGGAGCGUGAAUGAACUGUUUUAGUUUUCUAUUAUAAUUCUGACAUAUCUUCAUACAAUUUUUCUGCAAUAGUUUUGUAUCUAUUAGCAGGGAAUAGAGGGUAAACCAAAGAAGCUCUGUUGUCAGUGGCUGUGUCAAAUAGUAUCUACUUUAGACUGUAACGCAUUUGUCCUGUUUUGAAUGGCCAUAUUUUGUUUAGUGCAUUUUUAUAUCAAGUUUUCAUCGUCAUAUCUUUAGCCUCAUUUCCACCAGCCCUACUCGGCCCUAUUCUGCUUGGCCUGGUUGUUUCAAUUACUCUUCUGGUACUGUAGCCAUAAACUGCGCGCAACAAAUCAGUAUCCAUGGAAACUCUGUGGUAACUGAGUGUUGUCACGAUAUGAAAAUUUCAAGCUUGAAUUUGAUGGCCUUCUAAGGAAUAUACUCGAUACCGUGAUGAUAGGUUCCACAGUGGUCCAAGAGCGUAUAGUAGUCUAUGUGGUCUUAUACUUGUUUGGAUACAGCUCAAGAUCAUUCUAAACCUAUUCAGGAAAGGUUCAUUUCUGCCCUGUGAAUUUGAACCUUUUAGUAUUGGUAUCUGCUCCAAAUGAGUAUCUAGUUUCGAUAAUAGUUUUAGUAUAAAUUAGUAUUUGGCUUUUGAUACUUUUGACAACUCUGGCAACCAUGGAUUCUGCCAGCACUUCACCAAUCUGUGACAGAACAGUUUAGUACCUGCUUGGCCUGGUGGCUAAAACGUGGGCAGGUACUGAAUAAGAUGAACUAGUUGAAGCGCUCCAAAUCAGGGCAGCAUAGGGCCAAGUAAAGCUGGUGGAAAGGUGCCAUUUGAGGCAUUUGUAAUCUAGACUGGAUUUCAACAUGAUGGCAUCAUCAUGUUUGUGCGCUAAUCUGGUUCAGUAUGGAAUGUACAAUACAAUAGACUCGAGAUGAGAUUUGCAUAAAAAAAUUCAAAGCAUGCAUACGUGACAUUGUAAUGUGCAUUGUCAUUGAUAAGUUGUUUUUCUGUUCAAGCUCCGGCAAGAGAUUAACAAAGAUUUAUUGCCCAAAGUCUGGUAUCUAAAUUUUAUAGUUGGCGUUUGCUACAAAAAUUGAUAUUAAAGCGGGGGUAUUAGGUUUUAGAUGUCAUCCGUGCAUGUUUAAGUACUUUAGCAAUCUCUCCCAAGCCCUCUUGGCCCUUCUUACGGUUAGCUGUAAAAUUCUGUGCAAUGCUCAGCCCACAAGUGUACACACCAACCUGACAAACCUGUUACGAUGUGCAGUAGUUUUUUGAGUGGGAUGCACGCUGAUGGUGUUAGAGGACCUUGAAGCGUCAAAAGAAAGUAAAACUUGUGAAAAUGCCAUUUUCUCCAAAAGCAACAUUAACAACAAUAAAAGAUAAUGUGUUUAUCCAAGUAUGUUGCGUGUUAGCAGUUAAUACCUCAUAGAAGUAAAAUACCCCCUCUUUAAAAGAAAACAGACAAAUGUCUUUCUGUAUUUUAAUUAUCUUGACCACAUAUUUUCAGCAAAUUGGUUAUGAACUUUUGAUUAAAAAAAAAAAUUACAGCAAUAAUUUGACAUUUUAUUAUGUUUUUUUUUAUUGUUAAACAAUUAUCUUUUCUGCUCUUGAAUCAUGUUAAUCUUUCAAUACCAGUUCUUUUGUUCUCCUUAUGUAAAUCGCACAGUCCAGAGUGGCCUUAAAUUCAUUAAUAAACCAAUCAUUGUAAAUGCAAACAUGGAUUUUAUUUUUAUUUUCAAGAAAAAAAAGUCCAGUGCAGUGAACUACAUUGUUGUGUUGUGUUAAAACUGUGUAAGAUUAUAUAAACAAUUGUAAAACAUUUACAAAUGUACACUUUACAGCUAAUUUCAUCAAGAUUUCUUGGAGGUGUGACGUUAACUGGAGUCUCUGCUCUACUAAACUUGAAUCUGAGUUUCCUGUGUGAUGUCACUGCAAAGUAUCAGUAGAGUUUAAUAUAUGUAAUAAUGCCAUUUAAAUGUGUCCUUUAUACAUUU